GUGAGUGAAGUAAUGAUCCUGCUGGAUGAUUUACCUGAGAUAGUACUCAGCUCUCACUCAUGUUUGAGUUUGUUUCCUCUGCGCCGAUCAGAAUGAAGCUGUGUUUGGUCCUCGUCUGGUCAGUUCUUCUCUCCACAGAGGCUAAAAUCAUUCACAGGGACACCUACACACUCCUGUGCUCUGAUACAGAUCAGAAGAGUACGUACAGACUGGACAGAGAAGAACUCCUUCACUCUGACCUCAGUAAGGGGACAGGAACGCUGACCAUACCGCAGUUUGCAGAUCUUUUGACCGAUGAAGAAGCCAAAGACAAUAGAGUUACUCUAAUGGACAACUGCAAAAAACACUUGGCUGAAUGUGUGACAGCUUACAAAAACCCUGCGGAGCCAAAGGAUGCCCCCCAAAGCUCAAUCUACUCCAAGGACGAUGUGAAGCUGGGCACCAAUAACACCCUCAUCUGUUACAUUACUGGAUUCUACCCACCAAAAAUUGGAGUGUUGUGGAGCAGGAAUGAUGUCAAAGUAACUGGUGGAGUUAGUUUUAGUAGAUUUUAUCCAACCAGUGAUGGAACCUACAACAUGGUCUCUCGUCUGAGCUUCAUUCCAGAGAAGGGCGACAUCUACACCUGCACUGUGAAGCACGCAGCCCUGGACAGACCACUGACCAAAACAUGGGAUGUGCAGGUGGCUCUGCCCAGAGUGGGUCCGACUGCGUUCUGUGUAGCGGGUCUGGCUGCAGGGCUGCUGGGAGUCGUUGUUGGAACUUUCUUCCUUGUCAGAGAAAAAAACGCAACUGAGAAUCUGACUGUAAACUUUACACAAAACUUAUUAUGUUUUUCAAAGGUGUGACUUCUUUCACUUUAAGUUAACCUCAUUUGUGAUGUUAAUUGCACUGUCCUUUCUUUCUGUGGCCAUCAUUUACGUUUUCUUUUUCAGAACAAGUUUGUUCUAUAAUAUAGGGCCUUAUUUAUUCAGGCCUUUACCAGUUAACUGAACACUUUCCAGGCAGGUGGUCCAUCUCAGUAAAAAGAAAAAGCUGGAAAAGCUGAUCACAAUGUAUACAGGGAGAUUCACUCAAAAGAGGCCCUGAAUAUUCUGCUGUAACUCCCGUUAGGGUGAAUCAAUCUGAACUAAAAAAAAUUGCUAUGGAGGAACAAUGUGGAAAUGAGUGACAUCUAGUGUCUGUAAGUGUAUAUUGCACUGAUGAGGCUUUGCAACUGAAGCUCAUGUUAAAAAAGAAAUCAUUGUCUAUUAUAUCAAUAAAGGAAACCACUAAACUACAGUUUUUCACAUAUUACUCUGUUAAUUAGAACAAAUCGACAGUGUUACCAGUAGGUGACUGGAACUGGAAUGCUGCACUCCAAAACUACCCCUUAAGUAUUAUAUAUUGAAUUGAACCUUAAGCCAACUGUGUUUGAACACAUUGGAGUUAGACCUCCGCAUUUAACCCAUCCGUGCAGUGAAACACCCACAUACAUGCACACUAGUGAACACACACACUGGGGGC